ACUGCUGAGCCCCGCCCACUCCUGUCACAUGACCAUCCUCACAGGUCCUUCAUCCACAAUCUCUCCUAUCCUGCUGAGCUCCGCCCCCACAUAUACUGGUCACAUGAUUGUGACAUCAUCACAGGUCCUACACCUCCAGCAUCCAGCAGAUACAGAGCAGGUCCCGCUCGGCACUUGGAGGCUCCUCCUCUUCUUCAGGACUAUCCCCUCCAGCUGACCCAGUUGUCUCCUCUUCUCCUGAAUGAUCCCCCAAGGAUGGACAAGGACAGGAAUGAGAUGACUAAGAGAAUAUUACACUUCACCUUGGAGAUCCUCCACCUGCUGACCGGAGAGGAUUACACCAUAGUGAAGAAGACAUGGGGGGAGUGUGUGGCCCCCAUCAGCCAUCUCCAUGAGUCAGGAGGACGGAGCAGGGCCCGGGGCCCCAUCACGGAGCCUCCACCUCACUCACUGAUACAUGAGGAGAAGAUCCUAGAACUCAUCCACAGGAUCACUGAGCUGCUGACUGGAGAGGUUCCUAUAAGGUGUCAGGAUGUGGCGGUCUAUUUCUCCAUGGAGGAGUGGGAGUAUGUAGAAGGACACAAGGAUCUGUACCAGGACAUAGUCAUGAUGGAGGAUCACCGGCCCCUCACAUCACAAGAUGGAGUCAUUGACAGAAAUCCACCCGAGAGGUGUCCCUGUCCUCUGUAUUCCCAGGACUGUCCAGAGGGAAAUGUCCCAGAGAAGCAUCAGGGUGAAGAUCUGAUGGAUAUUAAGGUUGAGGUUAAAGAUGAACCAGAAGAGGAGACGGAUUUCGUGGCCGAUCAGCAGUAUGGAGUCAUUGAUAGAAAUCCACCCGAGAGGUGUCCCCGCCCUCUGUAUUCCCAGGACUGUCCAGAGGGAAAUGUCCCAGAGAAGUAUCAGGGGGGAGAUCUGACUAAUAAUAAAGUGGAGGAUGAAGAAGAGAGGAUGAGGGGCCAUCACCCGUGUAUGAGGGGAGUGAAGGAGGAAAUUCCAGGAGGUGUUACCCCAGAAAAUCCCAGUAAGAAUUCUGAGGGAAACUUCAUGUUAUCCCUGAAUGAUAAAGGAGAAGAUGAAGAUAUGAUGGAGCGCUCCUCAGGAGAAGACCUCCUUACCCCUAAUGUCCAUCCAGAUCUAUCCUGUAAUAAUCCACCUGAUCAUGAGGAACCUUCUCCUGACCAACCACACAUUGUUACCACAAGGAGAGAUCAGAAAGGGAGGAAAAGGGUUCAAUGUGAUGAAUGUGGGAAAGAGUUUACUAGUAGAUCAGGUCUUUUUAGACACAGGAAAAUCCACACAGGAGAGAAGCCAUAUAAAUGUUCAGAAUGUGGAAAAUGUUUUAAAAGUAAAUCAGAGCUUGUUAAACAUGAGAGAAUACACACAGGGGAGAAGCCAUACUCCUGUUCAGAAUGUGGGAAAUGUUUUAGAAAUAUAUCAUAUCGUUCAAAUCAUGAAAGAUUUCACAUGGGAGAGAAGCCAUAUUCAUGUUCAGGAUGUGGGAAAUGUUUUAUAAGUAAAGCACAUCUUACGACACAUGAGAGAAUUCACAGAGGUGAGAAGCCAUAUUCAUGUUCUGAAUGUGAGAAAUGUUUUACACAAAAAUCAGUUCUAGUUAUACAUGAGAGAAUUCACACAGGAGUGAAGCCAUAUUCAUGUUCUGAAUGUGGGAAAUGUUUUAUGAGUAAAUCAGAUCUUGUUAUACAUGAGAGAAUUCAUACAGGAGAGAAGCCAUAUUCAUGUUCACAAUGUGGGAAACGUUUCAUACAAAAAUCACAUUUUUCUAGACAUGAGAAAACUCACACAGGAGAGAAGCCAUAUUCAUGUUCAGAAUGUGGGAAAUGUUUUUUAAAUAAGUCAUAUCUUGUUAUACAUUAUAGAAUUCACACAGGAGAGAAGCCAUAUUCAUGUUCAGAAUGUGGAAAAUGUUUUAGCAGUAAAUCACAACUUUCUGGACAUGAGAGAAUUCACACUGGAGACUGAUUGAUGAAAUAAUGAUUGAUAAAAAUAUAAUAAUAUGGAGAAUGGAAAUCUGAGAUCUCAGGUAACAGUAAAAUGUGAUGUUUCUAAGUUCUGUUGUGAGAAUUAACCCUCGAAUAAACUUCAUAAUGAAACCUAAGCAGAAGCUAAAGCCAACAUCAUCUCUUGGUCAUUA